AUGCGCCUCGCCCACAUCCACUACCCGGACUUAACGUCCUUCACGCGCAUCUCCCACCUCCAACAAAUCCUCACCACGCGCCUCCUCACGCACAAGAAACUCCUCUCCUCGGCGAACGACACCACCACCACCACCACCACCACCACCACCACCACGCCCCCGGACCCAACAAUCAUCACCUUCACCCCGCACCCCGUCUACACGACCGGCCGCCGCGACCUCCCGCCCUCGAACACCAGUCCCCGCGACACGACCGCCGCUGCACCCUCCAGCACAAAUGAACCCCAAUCCCAGAACACGCUCUCUCUCUCCCUCCCCCCACCCCUCGAACAAAUCCGCUCCCUCCUCAUCCCGCCCACGCCCUACCCCACACCCCCAUCCUUUCCCAAAUCGCCCGGAUCGCCCGAAAAGGCAGAAUACCACCCCACCCUCCGCGGCGGCCAAACCACCUACCACGGCCCGGGCCAGAUGGUCGCGUACACGAUCCUCGACCUGCGGCGCCUGGGGCUGACCCCGCGCUGCCACAUCCGACUCCUCGAAAACAGCGUGAUCGACGUGCUGGCCUCGUACGGGGUGCGGGGCCUGGUGACGGAGGAUCCCGGCGUGUGGGUGCAUUCCCCUCAACACCCCUCCGCUUCGCUACUGCCCAGUCAACAACAGCACAGCAACGGCAACGACGAUGCACAGCUACCCCACAAGAUCACGGCGGUCGGGGUGCACCUGCGGCGGAAUAUCAGUAGCUUCGGGAUCGGGUUCAAUGUCACCCAGGAGCCCAUGUGGUGGUUCCGGCAGAUCGUGGCGUGUGGGCUGGAGGGCCGCGAGGCGACGAGUCUGGCGGGCGUCGGGGUGCGGACGGAUAUCCCGACGGUGGCGGGCCGGUUUGUCGAGGCGUUUGUGCGGCGCGUGAAUCGGGAUUUUGCGGUCCAGGGGGGGAAAGGGAAGGGGGAGGGGAUUGAGGAGGUGUAUACUGUUGCGGAGGAGGAUUUGUUGAGGGGUUAA